CCCUACUCCCCGCCCUCCCCAAGGCCCUGGGAAGGGGCUUAGCGUGGGAAAGGGAUGGUUGAGUUUUAACCGGAGGCCGAGCGUGAGCGGAUCAGUGUGUGCGGAGAGCGAGCAGCUGAACGCGGAGAGGCGUCGCUGGUAACUCCUCCCUGCCCGCCGCGCCGACCCUCCCCCGGAGCCCCCGCGCAGCCAGCAUGAAGCGAGCUCACCCCGAGUACAGCUCCUCGGAUAGCGAGCUGGACGAGACCAUAGAGGUGGAGAAGGAGAGUGCGGACGAGAAUGGAAACUUGAGUUCGACUUUAGGUUCCAUGUCCCCAACUACGUCUUCCCAGAUCCUGGCCAGGAAAAGACGGAGAGGCAUCAUUGAGAAGCGCCGCCGAGACCGGAUCAAUAACAGUUUGUCUGAGCUGAGGAGGCUGGUUCCCAGUGCUUUUGAGAAGCAGGUAAUGGAGAAAGGAUCUGCUAAGCUAGAAAAAGCAGAGAUUCUUCAGAUGACCGUGGAUCACCUGAAAAUGCUGCAUACUGCUGGAGGGAAAGGCUACUUUGACGCGCACGCCCUUGCAAUGGACUAUCGGAGUUUGGGGUUUCGGGAAUGCCUGGCAGAGGUUGCCCGUUACCUGAGCAUCAUUGAAGGACUGGAUGCCUCUGACCCGCUUCGAAUUCGACUAGUCUCGCAUCUCAACAACUACGCCUCCCAGCGGGAAGCCGCGAGCGGCGCCCACGCCGGCCUUGGACACAUUCCCUGGGGGAGCGCCUUCGGACAUCACCCGCACAUCGCGCACCCCCUGUUGCUGCCCCAGAACGGCCACGGGAACACUGGCACCACGGCCUCGCCCACGGAACUGCACCACCAGGGCAGGUUGUCCUCAGCACACCCGGAGGCGCCCGCUUUGCGAGCGCCCCCUAGCGGCGGCCUUGGACCGGUGCUCCCUGUGGUCACCUCCGCCUCCAAACUGUCGCCGCCUCUGCUCUCGUCGGUGGCCUCCCUGUCGGCCUUUCCCUUCUCGUUUGGCUCUUUCCACUUACUCUCUCCCAAUGCACUGAGCCCUUCGGCACCCACGCAGGCAGCAAACCUUGGCAAGCCCUAUAGACCUUGGGGGACGGAGAUUGGAGCUUUUUAAAGAACUGAUGUAGAAUGAGGGAGGGGAAAGCUUAACAUCCCAGCUGAGGUGGACUGUUGCCAACACCACCUAAAGUCGUCAAUUAAAGUAAAAAGGAAAAAGGUACACUUUCAGAUAAUUUUUUUUAAAGACUAAAGGUUUGUUGGUUUACUUUUUACUUUUUUAAUGUUUUUUAAAAUUUUGUCAUGUAUUAGAAGUUUUUAAAAACUAGUUGUUAAAUUUUGUUCAAAACACUAAGUUGAAAUAGUGAGUAUAAACCAACACUUUGUGAUAGGUUUGUACUGUGCCUAAUUUGCUUUGUAAACCUAUCUGUCUAAGAAUGAUUCCAUUUUUGCCUCAAAGUUUUGGAAAUCUUAACAUUCAGUAUUUUUGGUCUAAUUUUUCUUUGUACAGUUAUGAUCUGUUUUUAGAAUUAAUUUUCCAAACCACUAUGCUCAACGUUAACAUGAUUCUGUUUGUUAAUAUUUUGACAGAUUAAGGUGUUCUAUAAAUAUUCUUUUUUGAGGGGGACCUAUAUUGAAUUUUAUAUUUCUGAACAAAGCGUUGACAAAUCAGAUGACCAGCUUUAUCCAAGAAAGAAGACUAGUUAAUUCUUUGCCUCCUACAGCAGUAAGGUGAAUGUACAAACUUGGUGGCCAUGAGUCCGUAUGACCAAUUGCUGUUGUCUGCCAGGAUUCACAGUUCUGGCUUAGGAGAGAGCCACUGGUAGGUUAGAUCCCCAUCUGAGUGCUGGUGGGGAGAAUACUGAAGGUAAUUGCAUUAUAGAAUAUGCCUGUACUUACAGCCCCAAACAAUGCAAUGAGUUUUUAAUCUCAUGGAUCUCAAAUUCAUAAAUGUUGACAUGGAUAAGUGAUCAUGGUGUGCAAGUGGUCAAUUGAAUAGUACAGUGGAACCUGUUAAAUACAUAACCUAAUUUUCCUGGAACUGCUAUAUUUUCACUUAACUGGAAACUUUUAAGUUGUGUUUUCCUUUUGGUGCAUGGAAAUGUGGUUGUUGAGAUAUUUAAAAGGGCUCCACUGCCGCCUUCUGUUUGGCUUAUUUAAUUUGAAUUGGGCUAUAAAAGUAUCAUUUUGCAGGUUUAUUCCUUUAGCAGGUGUAGUUUAAAUGACCUCCACUGAACUGGGUUUGACCUCUGUUGUACUGAUAUGUUGUGACUAAAUAAAAAAGAAAGAACAAAGUA